CCAGGCCUCAGCCCCGCGACGUCACUCGGGGGGCAGCCGCUGGGAAAGGUGGGUCUGGGCUUCGGGCUGAAAAGCCCGACACUCGUGCCUGCCCGGCCUAGGAGCAGACGCUGGACGGUAGAAGGGAAGAGAGGACAGGGAAAUAGCAGCGAGGGCCCCCGGCAGCCUCCACAGCCACCCUGGCUCUGAGCCCGGCUCCCAGCAAAUCCCUCUGAGCCGCCCUCGUGGGCUCGCCUGAGGAGCCAGGAGGCCCAGGGGUGGGGAAGCAGGAGGUCUAAGUCCCAGGCCCAAUUAAGAGAUCAGAUGGCGAAAGGCUUGGGAGCGUUUAAGGUGAGGAGAGCUGGGCUGGUAUAAAGCACUGUGACCGCCGGGCAGCGCCAGGUCCGCAGGCAUCGGGGACGGGGUUCUCCAGAGCCAUGGCCCAGCAGUGGGGCCCUCAGAGGUUUGCAGGUGGGCAGCCGCAGACCAGCUUCGAGGACAGCACCCAGGGGAGCGUCUUCACCUACACCAACAGCAACUCCACCAGAGACCCCUUCGACGGCCCCAAUUACCACAUCGCCCCCAGAUGGGUGUACCACCUGACCAGCGUCUGGAUGGUCUUCGUGCUCAUCGCCUCCAUCUUCACGAACGGGCCCGUGCUGGCAGCCACCAUGAAGUUCAAGAAGCUGCGCCACCCUCUGAACUGGAUGCUGGUGAACUUGGCCGUCGCUGACCUGGCGGAGACGGUCAUUGCCAGCACCAUCAGCGUUGUGAACCAGAUGUACGGCUACUUUGUGCUGGGCCACCCCUUGUGCAUUGUGGAGGGCUUCACUGUCUCCUUGUGUGGGAUCACCGGUCUCUGGUCCUUGGCCAUCAUUUCCUGGGAGAGGUGGAUGGUGGUCUGCAAGCCCUUCGGCAACGUGAGAUUUGAUGCCAAGCUGGCCAUUGCGGGCAUUGCCUUCUCCUGGAUCUGGGCUGCUGUGUGGACAGCUCCACCCAUCUUUGGCUGGAGCAGGUACUGGCCCCACGGCCUGAAGACGUCGUGCGGCCCGGAUGUGUUCAGUGGCAGCUCUUACCCCGGGGUGCAGUCUUACAUGAUCACGCUCAUGAUCACCUGCUGCUUCAUCCCGCUCAGCGUUAUCGUGCUCUGCUACCUGCAAGUGUGGCUGGCCAUCCGAGCGACUCCUAACAGCAAGCCAGCUAAGCCAAGAACUCGGCGAGCGCAGCGCGGGGCUGUCUUAGCCGAGCCCGGCUGUACCACCUCCAAGCCUGGAAGAGCUCCCGCAAGGCUGGCCCCACUCGGGUGGCCCGGGUACCGCACAGCUGGGCCCGUCUGCUUCUCCCCGCUACCCUCCCUGACCAGCUACCCAAGCAGCAGUAACAUGGAAUCCCCUGGGGUACGGAGCCCUGAGGGGUCCUCCCACUCAAUGUCCCCGGGGCCACUCUCUGUCCCCCCCAGGUGGCGAAGCAGCAGAAAGAAUCCGAAUCCACCCGGAAGGCGGAGAAGGAGUUUCGAAACUGCAUCUUGCAGCUUUUUGGGAAGAAGGUGGAUGACAGCUCUGAACUCUCCAGCGUUUCCAAAACAGAGGCCUCAUCUGUCUCUUCGGUGUCACCUGCCUGAGUCGCCUGUCUCCCACUGGAAAACGUAACCGGUCCCACCCUCCGGGGCUUUGGCCACCCCGCCCCUGCCCCUUUUCUCCAUCCCUGUGAAAUAAAUGUAGUUUCUCUUUGCCAAAA